AAAAAAAAAAAAAAGAAAAAAAAAAAAAAGAACCAUCACCGACGCGCUGGCGGAGCGGGGUCACGAACUAUGACCUUUAACAGAAGAAAACCAAAACAAAUAUUUUAUAAAAUAGCCGAGAGCCCUAAAUCUGUGACCACCGCUUCUCAGAGACUUCACUAAUGACCUUACAUCAUCAUGACGACCAACCUCAAUCUGCUCGCUCAGCAGAAAGUGGAGGAGCACGAGGCAGAGGUGUCAUCCUCUCCAUCAGACUCAAUGAUGAGUGAGUCUCCACAGCGCUUUCAGAUCAUCUCCACAGAGCCUGCAACGACACCACAGCGAAUACAGAUUGUAACCGAUCAGCAGACAGGUCAGAAGAUCCAGAUAGUGACAGCGAUGAAGCCGGCCAGUGCUCCCAAGCAGCAGUUCAUUCUGACAACAGCUGACAGCUCAGGGGCAGGCAAGGUUAUCCUGGCCUCACCAGACAGCCACAACACUAAGCAGCUCAUCUUCACUGCUGCAGACAGCCUGAUGCCAGGAAGAAUACAGAUCGUCACAGAUCCAGUGUCAAUGGAACGGUUGUUAGGGCAGUCGGGGGACUUAAGCCGACCACAGCCAGUUGAGUACUGCGUUGUGUGUGGGGACAAGGCUUCAGGGCGUCACUAUGGAGCGGUCAGUUGUGAGGGAUGCAAAGGUUUCUUCAAGCGGAGUGUGAGGAAGAACCUGACCUACAGCUGCCGCAGUAAACAGGACUGCGUCAUCAACAAACACCACCGCAAUCGCUGUCAGUUCUGUCGGUUGAAGAAAUGCCUUAAGAUGGGAAUGAAGACCGACUCUGUCCAGAGUGAGAGAAAGCCCAUCGACGUAGUGCCCAGAGAGAAGCAUACCAACUGUGCUGCCUCCACCCAAAAGAUCUACAUUCGCAAGGAUCUGAACAGUCCACUCAUCGCCACACCAACCUUUAUUUCUGAUACAGAGACAGAUGGCUCCAGAUCCAGCCUGCUGGACCAGGGGAUGCUGGUUAAUAUCCAGCAGCCGGUCAUCCAGAGUGAUGGAACUUUGCUGCUGGCCACUGACUCAAAGAUGGAGUCUGGGCAGGGGGACUUGGGGACACUAGCCAAUGUGGUGACAUCACUGGCCAACCUGAGUGACUCACUCAAAGAGAAUCUAAACAAUGGUGAUACCUCGGACAGCCAACAUGAGGAGCAGUCUGCCAGCGAGAUAACACGUGCCUUUGACACCCUGGCCAAAGUUUUCAAUCCACCUGAAGUUGGUGUUGGACAGAGACUGGCAGAGAAGUCGCAGUGUGUUGGUGGAACAACCAUCCAGCUGAUUGGUCGAGACCAGGAGACCCCCAUCAUUGAAGUGGAGGGACCAUUGCUCACAGACGGCCAUGUUGGCUUUAAGCUGACCAUGCCCAGCCCCAUGCCCGAGUAUCUGAAUGUGCAUUACAUCUGUGAGUCAGCAUCCAGACUUCUCUUUCUCUCCAUGCACUGGGCGCGCUCCAUCCCUGCCUUCUCAGCUCUUGGCCAGGAGGCAAACACAAGUUUGGUGCGAGCCUGUUGGAAUGAGCUGUUCACUCUGGGCCUCGCUCAGUGCGCUCAUAUAAUGAACCUGUCGACCAUCCUGACUGCCAUCAUCAACCACCUUCAAAGCAGCAUCCAGGAUGACAAGCUUUCGGGGGAAAGGGUGAAGCAGGUGAUGGAGCAUAUUUGGAAGUUCCAGGAGUUCUGUAACAGCAUGACAAGGUUGGAGACUGACAGCUACGAAUAUGCCUACCUGAAGGCUAUAGUGUUGUUCAGCCCUGAUCACCCUGGUGUGGACAGCAGUGGGCAGAUUGAGAAGUUCCAGGAAAAAGCACUGAUGGAGUUGCAGGACUACGUGCAGAAAACAUACCCAGAUGACUCCUACAGGUUGACCCGUAUCCUGACUCGUCUCCCGGCCCUGCGCCUCAUGAACUCCAGCAUCACAGAGGAGCUUUUCUUCACCGGCUUGAUAGGUAACGUCACUAUUGACAGCAUCAUUCCCUACAUCCUCAAGAUGGAGACGGCUGAGUAUAACAGCCAGGAUUCUGAAGCCACUGAAUGACAGCACAUCACUGCAACAGCCAGAACUGCCUACUUAAAGAUGGGCGGGGUACUCACAGUGACAGUAAACAGUAAACCUUAACUGUUGAACUGUAGUCCAGAAUCCUGCAGCGACCCCUUUUUUCCUAACGAUGCAUGGUGCAAAGUCAUUCAGGAAUCCAGCACUGGAGAGCCGGGAUGACACUUGGAAUGUUUUGGGUAUUUUCACUCUUAACUGAAUGAAAAAAGGAAUCCUCUGCAGCUGCAACAACACUCAUCUCCAUUAAUGUCUUUAUAGCACUUAAAGCUGAUUACAUGGCAACUUCACCUUCUGAGCUAAGCCUUUCAAAUAAUUUUUGUCUUUUAUAAGCCUUACCAUGCUCUCAUGUUGAUCACAUACAUAAAUCAGCACUAGCUUUUGUUGCAGACAUUAAGAUGUCCGUAAUCUAAAACUCCCGAGUAUAAAUCUUACAUGUGGAAGGAAUGAUUUCGGACUAAAAACAUUGGCGUAAGUACUUUUAGACCUGUGCACCUAGAAGCCAUAUAGUACUGGUAUUUGUUGGUUUUGGGCACAUUGGCGCUGUAAAAACUGAUAUUUUUAAUGAUCUGUUAGUUCUCUCAAUUCAGGCUUUUCCAAAGACUCAGUUGGACUUCUCUGAAUAUCACACAAAAAAUUCAAACAAGUUUUGUAAAAUUGUCCUCCCUGUUCAAUGUUUAAACAAGACAAUAACAUAGAAGGUACGAGACAUGAAUCUACAAUUCCUUAUGUGUAUUAUUUAUUAGCUUUUAACUAGUUUGCUUCUUUACUCUGUUUCCAGUUACAUGUCUUUUAUUUAAUUAACAGAGAGAAGCCAGACAAAGUCUCAUUGUACCAGGGUAUAAUGAAAAAAUAAAGAUAAAUAUUUAAAUACCUUUUUAAAAGUGUUGGAAUGGGAUCUGAAAUCAGGUACUAGAGAGCUAACUUAAACCUUAAAUGAUUAACACUUAAACUUUAUUAAUGUGGACUGGCUAUCAUAGUAUGCGUUCUUAGCCAAUUUUAACGUUGUUCAGUUUCACGUAAGUCAAAUUAGCCUCUAUAAUUGGCCAUGUGUCCUUUUUUAUACGGAAUGACAUCUCAGAUUUUUAGGUUUGGGGGCAUUUCAUGUUUAGCGAAACUUAAUUCUGGGUCAUCAUGAGUUUGUUGUUAAUAUAACCUGUGCAAUCACCUCAUCACUUUUCCCUUAAUGACAAUCAAUUCUAUGUUAUUUCCCUCUGUCCCAGCAGUGUCAUGACUGUUCUUCUCAAUCUUCAUUUUGUUUGCCUAUUUAUCAAUUGCAAUGAUAUCUUUUGAAGAGUUAGAUUAUCUUUAAGAUUUUCGGUUCAGUUAUGUUACUUAUGUGUAGCUAUGCUAAUGUGUUUUUUUUUGUUUUGUACGUGUGUUUGCAUUUGUACUCUGCUAAGUGCACAUCAUCAGCUUUUGUGGCGUUCCACUGUGUUCAUGCUGACUAAAACUUUGUGUUUUGUAUGUUUUCUAAAAACGUUUUCAUUUGUUGUGAAUUUUGCGUGUUGCAUACUAAGUGUACUUAAAGUACUUUUGGGCAGGUUUCCCUUGAUUUAAAAAAUAGAAGAAAAAAAAACAAGACAUUUUCUGGUAGGCAGUCUUGAGUGCACGGAUGUCUUGAAGAACAUAUGGAGAUGUGCAUCGGCUAACCCACUUGUAAAAGGUCAGAAUAAGCAUCCACAGCAACAUGAAUAGUAACAGCGAUGUAAAGAAAUAAACAAGGAUUAUGUCUUGUGAAAUAAAUGUCAAUUGUAAUAUUUGGGUUUAAAACCCUUUCAGACUUUGUAAAGGCACUGUCGUGAAAUGACCUUUGUACAUGUAAUUUCAUAAAAAUGAGUGCAUGUUGUUUUUAAGCGAGGUUUUAUAAUCUCUGUCUGUCCCAAUAAGGAGCAUUGUUAUAAUUUUUAUAGUGCAUUGCAGUGCAUGAUGAAGUUGCUAAAGUGCAUUUUAUUAAAUGCUGUAUGAAAAAUGUUAAUUUAAAUGUUGUGGCUUUAAAAUAUUUACCAUGAAAAGCUCCCACAUUAGAGGAAAUAAGAUCAGUCAUUUGUUUUGUUUUGUUUUUUUCAGCUUUGUGGAUGGAGUAUCAUAUGGUUGAAAUUUUAUACAAUGUAAAUGUACUUUGUUUUUCUGCUCAUGUAAAAUGUAUUUCUUCAGACACAGAUCGAGAAAUUCAGACGGCAUUCACAUUAUAUCACAAUCCUACAUUUCUACCUCACACCAAUGACAAUAUAAAACAAAUGUAUUAACGACUGAGCACCUGUAUCAGCAUUCCAGUCUCUGAGGCUGGCUUCUCUGAAGCCAAACAUUAUAAAAAAAAUAAAUAAAUAUGAAUUAUGACAUGA